GGACAAUAAUGAAAAUAACAAUUAGUAAAUACAGUUACACUAACACAUACAUACCUCAGUUCAUAGCUAUGACGGGAAAUGGCUGUCUGCUCUGUACUGUUUAAAGAGUAACUAAACCCUUAAACUGCUUUUUUUUCUUCUGAAAAUCUCUUUAAAUAGUUAUUUAGUGUUACUGAUCGCUACUCAAGCAGCCAUCUUUUAGCAACAGUGACUUAUAUGGUUUCCAUGGUGACAAGAAUGCAAUGUUUGGAAAUACGCAACAAAUAGAAUGUCCUUUGAUGUGCACUUGGGCAUAGACUGUCCUUUGAUGCAGCAGUCAUAAAUACAAGCACACGCAGUGCGAAUAGUGCGAGCAGUGCAGAUCGAACAGAUCAAACAGUGUGAUCAGGACGAACAAAUUGAACAGUACAAACAGAUCAAACAGUACGAAAACAUCAAACAGUACAAAGAGAUCGAACAGUACGAACAAACUGAAUAGGGCAAACAGUUUUUACAAUGGAGAAAACCCAACAUAAACAAAGCAAAAAGGGCAAAAACAAAGAGAAGAAAAAGUCCCAGCAAAUCCAGGAAGUAACAUUCACCUCCGGUUCCUGGAAUGAAAGGAUUUCUGUUCUCCGUAAGAAGAACGAGACUGCUGUGUCACAGGUGGGUUCUCCAAAGAAUGUAAAAUAUCAGCAGUUUGUCAAGUCCACAACCGUCAGGGAACAGAGCGGGGACAUAACCCCUCUGAACAAAAAGGGCCAGGUAAAGAAGGAGGUAUUAAACGUCAAGCAGUCUGACCCAGUGCCCAAGUAUCGCAUCCUCCGAAGGCAACCUGAGGAUGUUCCAGAGAAGGGUGCUGCAAUGAAAGACACUCCAGAGAAGGGUGCUACACCUUCAAGUGCUCGACAGCAGGGUGCUACACCUGAUGGUGUACCAGGGCAAGCGGGUACAUCUUCAGGUGCUGCACAGGGGACUCGGGAGACCACAAAAUUAAACAGGGGCCCUGUCCAAACAAAACAACUGUGGAUAGCACCACCACCCUACCGCACCCCUCUCAAAGAUUCAGGUGAGGUAAAACAUCGGCAGUCAGCCAACGCCACAACCGUCAGGGAACAGAGCGGGGACAUAACCCGUCUGAACAAAAAGGGCCAGGUAAAGAAGGAGGUAUUAAACGUCAAGCAGUCUGACCCAGUGCCCAAGUAUCGCAUCCUCCGAAGGCAACCUGAGGAUGUUCCAGAGAAGGGUGCUGCAAUGAAAGACGCUCCAGAGAAGGGUGCUACACCUUCAAGUGCUCGACAGCAGGGUGCUACACCUGAUGGUGUACCAGGGCAAGCGGGUACAUCUUCAGGUGCUGCACAGGGGACUCGGGAGACCACAAAAUUAAACAGGGGCCCUGUCCAAACAAAACAACUGUGGAUAGCACCACCACCCUACCGCACCCCUCUCAAAGAUUCAGGUGAGGUAAAACAUCGGCAGUCAGCCAACGCCAUAACCGGCAGGGAACAGAGCGGGGACAUAACCCGUCUGAACAAAAAGGGCCAGGUAAAGAAGGAGGUGUUAAACAUCAAGCAGUCUGACCCAGUGCCCAAGUAUCGCAUCCUCCGAAGGCAACCUGAGGAUGUUCCAGAGAAGGGUGCUGCAGUGAAAGACGCUCCAGAGAAGGGUGCUACACCUUCAAAUGCUCGACAGCAGGCUGCUACACCUGAUGGUGUACCAGAGCAAGCAGGUACAUCUUCAGGUGCUGCACAGGGGACUUGGGAGGCCACAGAAUUACCAAGAGGUCUUGUCCGAAGGAAACAACUGUGGAUAGCACCACCACCCUACUGCACCCCUCUGAAUAAGCAUUCAGGUGAGUUGAAAGUCACUGAUUUUAGAAGAAGCCCUGUCCAACACAAAAAGCUUUGGACAGAACCACACCACCACAACUCCCAGCAUGCCAAACCAAAGCAUGCUGACAGUGUCAAGACCUGUGAAGUGGUUGAAGCUACCCCACAACAGGCCACAAUUCAUGUCCCUGAGUCCCAGAUCGCACAAUUGGAGACCAGAGAGACUGAGUCCACCAACAGUCCCAAGAUGGAGAAUGAUGCUUCGGCAGGUCUGUUGGAGCAGUUGCACCAAUCACAGGAAGAGACCUGUGAUGUGACUGAGGCUGUCUCCCAACAGGCCACAAAUCACGUCCCUGAGCCCCAGAUCGCACAAUUCGAGACCAGAGAGACUGAGUCCACCAACAGUCUCAAGGUGAAGAGUGAUGCUUCAGCAGGUCUGUUGGAGCAGUUAAAGGAGACAGAAGACAAGGCCUGUGAAGUGGUGGAGGCUACCCCCCAACAGGCCACAAUACACGUCCCUGAGCCCCAGAUCGAGCAGUUCGAGACCAGAGAGACUGAGUCCACCAACAGUCUCAAGAUGGAGAGUGAUGCUUCAGCAGGUCUGUUGGAGCAGUUAAAGGAGACAGAAGACAAGGCCUGUGAAGUGGUGGAGGCUACCCCCCAACAGGCCACAAUACACGUCCCUGAGCCCCAGAUCGAGCAGUUCGAGACCAGAGAGACUGAGUCCACCAACAGUCUCAAGAUGGAGAGUGAUGCUUCAGCAGGUCUGUUGGAGCAGUUAAAGGAGACAGAAGACAAGGCCUGUGAAGUGGUGGAGGCUACCCCCCAACAGGCCACAAUACACGUCCCUGAGCCUCAGAUCGAGCAGUUGGAAAUCAGAGAGACUGAGUGCACUAACAGUCUCGAGACAGAGAAUGAUGUUUCAACAGCUCCGAUAGAGUGUCAGCAGGUCAGGAAAGCUCUUCAGAACCAAGAGGAGAGCCAGAAGGAACAAGACAUGCAUCUGACCAAGGUGACAGAGGAGAACAACAGACAGAUAGCUACGCGGAAGAAGAGACAGAGUGAGUUGGAGAGUCAACAGCUGCAGGGACAGGAGGAAAACUCCCAUCUCCAGGGCCUCAGCGACAGCCAGCACACCCUGGAGGUGGACAAAAGCCAGCAGACAAGAUGGGACAGCAUGACAGAAACCAUUGCCAAACUAGAAGAGCAAGUGAAGAAGAUGAAAAAGCCAAAAAAACCCUCUCUGUGGAAGCGAUUCAUCCGGUUAUUCAAAUAAACUAGAUGACAAUCUUCCACCUCACUAAUCCUCCAAUCAACUUCCCAGCGCCAACUCCUACUACCACUAAAUAAAAUUUUGAUAUUCAUCGUCCUGCUACUGGGGGUUUUCUCUGGGUGCUCCAGUUCCCCCACCCUCAAAGACAU